AUGGAGAUGGAGUCGACAGCAAUCUCUGCGUUCUGGAGGCCACCGGUGAGGACGACGAGGACCAUGAGGUACCAGAUCUCGAGGCAGAGCAUGACGGCGGAGGCGAGAGAGAGCUUGACGAAGGCCCAGAGAUUUUUGAAGGCGGCGGAGGAUAAACCGGUCCAUGCGUCCUUGCACCAGCCGACAACGUAG